AAGUACACGUCAUUCAUGGAUCUUUCGUCAAUUCAAGUGAGUGAUGCCAACAGUUUGACUCAUCUUCAAUCCGAUGACUUGAGCGCUGACUUCCAAGUAGUCAACCACACAACAGCUUGAUCACAAACACAAUUUGAAAAAGGGUACAUCUAGCUAGUCCUUUGUCCCGUCUGAAAGUAUCGCAUCAUGAAGGUCAGCGUCGUUGCACUUGGCCUUUUGGUCCUCACAGGAGAGUCGACAGCUUUUCUUUCUUCUCCUCCACUUUCCAAUGGACGAGAAAAGGUCGACGGGCCGUUCGAGAUUCCUCAAGAAGUUUCCAGGGGAACCACCAGACCAAUCAGCACUCUCGCAGCCAGUCCGGUGCCAGAGCAGGAUGGAAGCAGGAGCAGCCCAUUUGCUCAUGUGGAGAAGAAAGUGGCUUCGGCAUUGGUUGCUUCAUUCAUUGCAGCUUCCUCGUUGGGGCUUGCCGUCGCUACACCUGAACCGACAUUUGCCGCCCCAGUGGCUCAAGCCGAAGUCGUCAAGGCACAAAAAGUGCCGUCUGGAGUUGCAGCAGUAGUGUCUGCCAAGGAUCAGGUGGCUGUUGCGUCGCAAGCCAUUAACAAGGCACAGCAAGAGUACACAGCUGCUCUGGCAGCCGAAAAAAUUGUUGCCAAGGAAAUAUACAAUGCCGAAAAACUACUCGAGGGACUCGACAAAAACGCGGAAGUGGCUAAAACAAGGCUCAAAACCAUCAAGAAAAACUCAAAAGGUGCUGAUGUCAAGGGUAUUGCCACAGCCCAGCAACGAGUGGCCGACACAACUGCUGCCAAAAAAGAAGCCAAAGCGAGAUUUGAUGCUGCCAAAAAAGCCAGCAAGAAAGCUUCAGAGGACAUUGCCAAGAAGCAAAGCGCCGUUCAAAAGGCCAAAAGUGAACGUGAAAAGGCGGAUGGCAAACUGAAGUCUGCUGAACAAAAGCUGAAUGAAUACAAGAAGAAGUCAGCCGAGGCACAACGAAAGGCCGACAAGGCAGCUAACGAGAAGGCCAAAAAGGAAGCAGCAAUUGCUCAAGAGAAGGCAAAGAAGGACGCUGCAAAGGCGAAGGAGCAAGUCAAAAAGCAGAAGGAACAAGCCAAAAAGCAGAAGGAAAAAGAGGCUGCAAAUAAGAAGAAAGCUGCUGAGCAAGCAAGGAAGAAACAGGCUAAGGAUGCUGAACAAGCAAGGAAGAAACAGGCUAAGGAUGCUGAACAAGCAAAGAAGAAACAGGUCAAGGACGCAGAACGAAUGAAGAAGGUGCAGGCAAAGGAACUAGAAGCUGCUGCAAAGAAGUCCAAGAAAGACAGUAAAAGCGGGCAGGUCUCAAAAACUGCAGCACCAGCUGUAACGUCUAUGACCAAGGCUGAACUUAGCCAUAAGAUUCAAGACAAAGAGCUCGAAGUCAAACGCUUGUCAAGAAAGAAAUUGUUCCUAGAGGGUUCCAGAGAUGCACCAAGGGCGGAGUUGGCUAAAGUCAAAAAGCAACUCGAUGCAUCGAGCAAAGAGUUGGAAGGUUUGAAGGCUCUAAAGAGGUGAAGGGGAAAAGGAGACCUGACAAAAUGGAUGUGAGAAGAUCAAGGAACUUAAUAAGUUCUUGAAUGGCGCAAGCAAGCGACUACGUGCCAAGUAAAGCAAGGAAGACACAUCAACCAACGGGCACAAAGGCACACGCCAGAAAGCUUUGCUGUUACAACAGUUUGUCUACAGUAGAAAGGUUUACUAUACAUAUAAACAUGUUUCUAGCUAGCUACACGAGACCGAAGUCAUCAUGCAUGUUGCGAAGAACAUCAGUAAAGACAGCCGCCAAGAUGUCGUAGUUCCUGUUUGCAAAAACGAGCGAGGUUUGUUAGAACAGCGAUAGACCAAGGCAUCUUCAACAAAUUAAUGCCCGAACUUACCUUGUGGUUUCUUUGUGCUCAACACCCAGUGCCUCAAUCACAGUCGUAGUGUACUCUAUGCCUGUCGUUCUUGACUUGCCUACAUUGUGGAACCGGUGCAUUUCCGGUUUGUACUUUGUGCCGUGAGGAUGAUUUGUCCCCGUAUCGCUCUCGACGGUCUUCUUCUCCUCAUGGUUACUUUGCUUCGGUGGCGCUCCAUCAACCCAUUCCAUCGCACCUUUGGGUCUGUGACUGACAACUAUGUCCUCCAGUGGGUUCCCACUUGCAACGUCUUCGCUCCCAGAAUGUCUUGCCGCCCGAGCGGCAUGGAAAAGCCAAACAUGAGCCCAAGAUAGCGACAGAUAGGGAACACUACCAUCGCCGCUAUGGUGUAGCGAGCUUUCUCCAAACCUUUCUCGUUUCUUUCUCUUUUUUAAUAGAUCAGCGAGACCACCCCUAGUGGCAUCCAAAGCUUCAGUAAAAAG